GAGGUUGUGAGGGAGAACCACGUCCCUGUGUCCCUGAGUGUUCUGUGAGAGGGUCACUGUGUUCUGCUGUGGGGACCUGUGUAUGUCGUCCAGGGUUGCGUCCUCUCUACUCUGAGAAACAGAGAUUUCGUCUCACUAACUGUGUCCCUGUCCGUAAUCUAUCCUUCCCACUGCCCCAGCCUUUGUUCGGGGCUAAGUACCUGCCAGAGGACAUCAAUGUGUGGAUGUUCGCUAUGGUGGGCGUAGGCAGCGCCUUCGUAAUCUUUGUGGUGAUCUCCAUGUGUCUCCUGUGUCAAAGUCCAAGAGAGCACACAACAACACCAUUGACAUUGAGAAGACAGAAGAAUCUCCGUCACCGCCCUGUGUGAGGUGGAAGUUCCAUCACUGCCCUGUGUGAGGUGGAAGUUCCGUGACCACCCUGUGUAAGGUGGAAGUUCCGUCACCGCCCUGUGAGAGGCAGAAUUACUACUGUCAGUGUACUAUGUAACACAGAAGGACUUCCAUCACUGUCAUGUGGGAGGCAGGGCUACUACUGCUGGCACUUCGUGACCCACAGGACUUCUGUCACUGCCAUGUAAGAGGCGGAACUACUGCUGUCAGCACUCCAUGUAACACAGAAGGACUUCCAUCACUGCCAUCUUAGAGACAGUACACCACCAUCAUCAUU